UUGUUCAGGGGAGUGUCUUGUGUUGUUAAUGCUGAGUGGCUCCGGCAGCUACUGUGGUUCAAGGUCGUUCGUCAUCCGCUGCUGCUGCAGGAGACRCGGCAGCGCUGAGCCAGAGCCCUUCAUCCAACCCUCUCGGUCCUCCCUGGCCAGCAGGAUGAAGGGGUCUAGGCAAACAUUCCUUAAUUUAUUCUGCAUCCUCUGGCUCUUGCUUCUGCUGAAGGCUGCCUCUUCCUCCCCUCUACCCCGUGGAAAAGACCCACGACCCCCUUCGCUCCCYUUUGGGCUGUACAAAGGACACACCUGUGUUGGAUGCGUGCUUGUGGUGUCCGUCAUCGAACAGCUUGCACAGUGGCACAACAGCACAGUAAAGGCAGCUGUGGAGAGACUGUGUGACUACAUACCUGAAAAACUGCAAGGAUUUUGUUACCUGCUUGCUGAACUUUAUGGACCACACAUAGCUGAACUCAUAGACAAGGAAAUGAAUGCCGAUGUGGUUUGCCAUUCCUUGAGGCUGUGUAAACAGGAUCCGGGACAGCCGCUUUGUCAUCUCUACUCUCCUCCAAAGGUGGGACUGAGUACUGCAAUAAGAAAAGCAAAAAGAAUUAUGAAGACUUCCAAGAACCUGAAAAGCUUCAUGGGGUUCUCAAGUGUCUGUGCCUUUCCUCUUCUGGCUAACCUGUGUGAGAAGAUUACAUAUGUUCUGAGAAAUAAACUGCCUUUUGAAGAUUUUGAUGGAGAUAAAUUUAGUACUUUCCCAACAUUGAGGGGCUAUCACUGGCGAGGCAGAGACUGCGAUGACAAAAACACCACCRUGUACCCUGGCAGGCGUCCUGAUGAUUGGGAUGCAAAAGGUGAUUCUAACUGCAAUGGCAUAUGGGGUGUGGAUCCGAAAGAUGGAAUUCCCUACGAGAAGAAAUUCUGCAAAGGUGCRGGCUCGAAAGGGGUCGUGCUCUUGGGGGACUCGGCCGGCGCUCACUUCCACAUCCCUCCCGAGUGGAUGACCGUCACGCAGAUGUCAGCGAAAUCAUUUGCUAAUCUCCCCGUGGCUUUCAGUGACGAGCUUGACUGGCCYCAGUUCUCAGAGUUCACUGGAUUUCUGAAUUCCACCAUCGGAGGCUGGACAGACUCUUUGUAUCUGCGUUUACGCAAGAGAAAUCGCUGUAAUCACAGAGAUUUGCAGAACAUUUCCCAAAAUGGUGGUUCUUCAGGAAACCUCCUCUCUUUAAUAAAAAGCUUGGCCAGAAACCAGCUGUUGGACAAUCCAGCCAUAGUUAUCUAUGCUACAAUUGGGAAUGAUGUCUGCAAUGGGGAACGAGACACACUGUCCCACAUGACCACACCCAAAGAAAUGCUCUCCAACGUGGUGCAAGCUCUGCGAUACCUGGACUCCCGUCUUCCGAACGGCAGCCACGUGAUUUUAACAGGCUUGGUGGAUGGUCGCUUCCUCUGGGAUAACCUGCAUGACAGAUACCAUCCUCUGGGACAGCUGAACAAGGAUGUCACGUACAGUCAACUCUACUCUUUCCUCGACUGCCUCCGGGUGAGCCCCUGCAGCGGCUGGCUGAGCCCCAAUGAGACCCUCAGGAACCUGACCUCGGAGAGAGCGUUACAACUUUCCAAUGUCUUGAAAGAAAUAGCAAGAUCUGAGAAAUUUGUCAACUUUGAUAUUUUCUACAUGGAUUUCCCACUGAGACAAACGGCCGAGGAGUGGCACAAGAUGGGAGGCGAGCCCUGGCAGCUGAUCGAACCAGUCGAUGGCUUCCACCCCAGCCAGAUUGCUGCAGCCCUUGGAACAGGCAUUACCUGGCAGAAGGCGCUACAMGAAUGGCCUCAAGUGCUUGGCAAGGAGAAUCCAUUCAACGACCAGAUUGAAGCCAUAUUCAAAGAUCAAGGUGGACACUGACUCCCAAACUGCUGGAGCCCUCACGUGAUCUAUGGCGGUGCUUCCACGAGUCAAGAUGAUUAAAGACACACACAAAAAAGGGGGAAGGGAAGUUACCAGAGCCAGUAGCAGUGGACAUAACACAAGAGCAUUCUUUUCAGGUUGUAUCUCACCUGCACAAGUAGGCUAUGCUUUUUCUGUGGAGCUACAAAAAUAAAAAUCAAAGGAUAGCUGCCAGCUAGACCAUUUAUUGUACCAGUUUGAAAAUCCGUAUUUCUUUUUUCCAUAUAUAGCAAACUCCUACCCCUACCUAAUUUUUUUCUGCAGAACAUUUCUAGGCUAUUUGUACUGUUUCAAGAGCUAAUCUGGUCCCAAAAGGAGAGGGGGAGACCCCAAACUCAUUAUGUUGCUGUAAAUUGUGUGUAUGUAAUUGCCUUGACUGUCAAUACAUUAUUCAGCUGCUAUUUGCUUAUUAAAGUGUGCCAGGAAUAACAAGGCACUACAAUUUUGAUUUGCCUGGCAGCAAACUGAGCACAGGUUCUCUUCCUCCAUUAAUAAGAUAUUAACUUGACAACACUUCAUGUAUUUAAAGYAGGGUGCUUUUUCAACGUGAAAUGUAUCUUUGCUUUUUUGCAUCCUAAGAAAUAUAAUGCACUCAGUCCUGUCGUUUACAGGCAUGGCCGAGGGAMUCACUGAAAACACUGGGCAGCCCUUACUUCAUAGGCAGACUUGGAAUAUAAUUGUGUUUUUUCACAAGCUUAUCCAAUGCUCUUAGCAAAAUAAAUAUUUAAAAAUUAGAGACAGCUCUAUCCUACUUGCAGUCUUACUGAUGAUGGAGAUAUCAGAGAGCAUAAAAUGGCAUUAAUUACCAGAAGCAAAGAUCCAGUAAAUAGCAAGCAUUAACAUGGCAUGAUUAAAACCCACCCCAACAGCCCAAAGGUCAGGCAGAGCUG